AUGAUUGUUUAGUUGAGGCAUAGAAUAGAGUUGGACCUGUCAAACUUUUGCUGUGGAUUUUUGUCGAUUUUGGCCGGGACAUUAUGUCUCAAGUUGCCGACCACGUCAAUUUAACAUAUAAAGUUGCUGACUUAAUAAAAUAUAGCGAUUAGUCGUGUCAAUAUUCAUAUGGUAUGCCAAUGCCAUGGAAAGGUCAAAAUUACUCUAACUCUUCUGUUCUGGAUUCACUGACACUGCAUGACUACAUUUUACACAGCAGCAGUUGCACUGUUACAAUAUGGGACCUACACAAUCGCAGUCUGUAUAAUCCCUCAUUGAAUUAUUACCAUUGACCUCAAGGCAGAAGGCAUGCUAAGAAAGGCGGAACUGGUUUAGCAAUGAAGUACGGCUGUCCCCAGUAGUUUUGGGAUUUGACUCUAUGUCGGUGAAGAAAAAGGAAUUUGUGGAAAAGUGACCUGUAAUUUUGUUCUGACUGAUUGAUUGGAGAGAUUCAGUGCCUUGGUCGGGACUUGGAAGGAACUGCUGUCAAGAUGGAGGCGGCCACUGCAGGAGCGGCAGGAGGAGGAUCAAAAGCCAGACAUGGAUUCGCUGGGGGUGGCAUUGGAGGAGAGCAGAAUCUUAUGGUUGCGUUACGAAUUCGUCCUCUGAGUGAAGAUGAAAUACUUCAUGGUGCUACACAAAUUACUCACCAAAUGGACAACAGAGUGGUGGUGCUGAUGGACCCAACUGAAGAUCCUGAAGAUGUACUCCGCGCUAACCGCUCACGAGAAAAACAAUUUGUCUUCGAUGUCGCAUUUGAUGGAAAUGCAUCACAAAAAGAGGUCUACCUGGCGACUACCAAGUAUUUGAUUGAACAUGUUGUCAACGGCUACAACGCCACUGUCUUUGCUUAUGGUGCUACAGGAGCUGGUAAGACAUAUACGAUGCUGGGUACGGAUGACGGCCCAGGAAUCAUGGUGCAGACUCUCAAUGAACUCUUCAACGAGAUGGAGAAGACCAAGCGUGACACCAUGUAUAGCGUCAGCAUGUCCUAUCUUGAGAUUUACAAUGAAAUGAUCCGUGAUCUGCUGAACACCUCCUCAGGGUACCUCGACCUCCGUGAAGACCAUAAGGGAGUCCAGGUGGCCGGUCUCACCGAGAUACAGGCCACUUCGACAGGGGAGGUGAUGAAACUGCUGAAGCGAGGCAAUAAAGAGCGCACUCAGGAACCAACGGCAGCCAACCCGACAUCAUCGCGGUCACAUGCCGUGUUACAGGUGAUCGUGAAGCAGCGAGACCGCGUGAAGGGCACAACAGAUGAGGUGCGCUUGGGACGGCUAUACCUGAUCGACUUGGCCGGCUCAGAACGUGCGUCCAAUACUCUGAAUCGAGGCAAGAGGAUGGUGGAGGGAGCGCACAUCAACCGCUCGCUGCUGGCUCUGGGCAACUGCAUCAAUGCACUUAGUACAAACAACAAUCGCUAUAUCAACUACCGAGACAGUAAGUUGACGCGACUUCUGAAAGAUGCGCUUGGAGGGAACUGUAAGACAGUUAUGAUUGCGCACAUCAGCCCCGCCAGUCUCCACUUUGAGGAGUCAAGAAACACACUCAUAUACGCAGACCGGGCAAAGAACAUCAAAACUAAGGUGCGGCGUAACGUAACGGAUGUGUCUUACCAUAUUGCUCAGUAUACUAACAUCAUCCAGGAGCUCCGCCAGGAGAUUGAGCGGUUACGGUACAAACUGACAUCAGCAGGGGGAUCGGCAAAGAAAAGGAACGUCUCAAAUAUACAAAAUGUCCAAGACGAGGUGAUGGAAUCAUCAAGGAAGAUGGAACUGAAGAAGAUGAAGGAGCAGCUCUUGACCACAUUCAGGGAUCAGAUGGAAGUCAGGCGAAGCUUGAUGGAAAUCACCAAUACUCAGAUGGAUAUCAGUCUCGAGUUCAGCAGGAAUACUCUCAUCAUUAAUGAUUGGGAAACAGAACAUGCCAAGCAGCGAAGAAGAGAGUCUGUCUCUGAUAACAGGUACAGAGAGUUUGAUAAAGAGCAGGACCUUCACGGCAAUGAUGAGCCCCAGGACGUGAGCCUGGCCCGGGCGGAGCUACGUGUCCUACAGGAGGAGAAGGACAGGACACAUAAACUGAAGGGUAACCUGCAGAAGGAGUUGAAUGGCAUGAGGGAGAAGGCAAAGAAGGUGGAAGAGGUUCUUCCCAAGAAAAUCAGUCGUGACGAAGAGCGCGAGAUUCUCAGCCUCUUGUGUCGUGUUCAUGAACUAGAGAUCGAAAACACCGAGAUGGAAUCGCUGGUUUUCCUAAAGGACCACGAACUUCGGAAGAAAGAUCUGCAGAUCCAACGCUUUCAACAGCGACGGAAUCUCUGUGAUGAGAUCAUUCACCAACAGAGGGUGCUCAUCACUGUAAACAACAUUGACUGUCCCAAGGAGCUGGAGGAAUUAUAUGAUCUGUAUCAACUGGAGCUCGAUAUGCCUGUGAGUCCUGACGCGUCUCUCACCAACGUACACCAACCAUAUAAGGCGACCUCUAUUAGCAGCAUCAACAAGCGGUUAAUGGGAGAAAACAACAUAGAGGGAGACAGCUACGGCAACCUGAGCAAUAAAUCAUCACCGUCCAAGAAAUCAUUUGGAAACAUAACAAAAGAAGAGGAAUAUAAGAUCUUUUCCCAGAGUCCAAAGACAAGGCAUAUUAAAGAGGCCCAGCUAAUGGAAUCCAGGAAAAACAACAGUAAAAGGACAUUCAUUACUGACCCAGAUAAAGACAGUAUUUUCACAUUGAGCAGUCGUGGAGAAACGCCGGUCGAUGACACAGUGUUCCGCAGGACUCAUCACAGUGAUGUUGUCCUCCCCACAAACUUAUCAAUGUCAGUGUCGCAGAAUUUCAACCGAGAACAGAUCUCAACGAAUACAAGGAACAUUGCAGCAUUGGCUGCGGCUAAAAGACGGAAUUUGAUUCAAGGAGAAGCGGAUAGGUUAUCAUUGCCAGAAACGGGGAUUCACAAGUCUCAGUCGACCCACGGUGUUUUAAGUACUGAUACGUAUCUGACGGCAAGUCGUUUGGCCAAACAUGAUCAAAACUUUGGGGCACCAGCAUCUCAUCGUUUGGAUGAUAAUACAUCUGAGAGACACAGUAUUGUGACACAGACGACUGUAGGAUACCGGCGCGCCACCUAUGAUAAUACAAAGAAGAAACAGAACGAGAAGAAUGAGAAUAAGAGGAAAGCUAAAACAGAAGUUUAUGGAGGCUAUCAGCCUCUAGCCCCCGAUCGUUUCUUCCAUCAGUUGUCAAAGACGAACCCACGAGGAGGUAAGAACUCUGACUUGAAGAACGUCAAUAACCGUGUGGCAAAGAAGAAGAUAACGAAUGCGACGAGACUGCCUCCGCCACCAGAGAUGAACAAGAAUCGGCUCCAGGGUGAAAGCUCGAAAAAUGAAGGUGAUGUGCAGCAGUUUGAGCCUCUGAGCACUCCACCCAGUAUUGUAUACCAGUCAGCACCAGACAAAGGCAAGGGACUUGCACUGCAGAAGAGAUACAGAGCUUUUAACAAUGGAUCCGAGUCUUCAGCAGCGAGUACCCCUCAGCUGAACGAGCCAAACAAACGCAGCAGCCGCAAACCUCCGCCAUCAAUACCAUCAACGUACAGGAAGGGAGAUAUUAGCAUUACAGGAUACAAAGUCGUCUAAUGUUCUAAUACGGUCAAAUAUAUGGACAAUACAUCUGACCAGGUGUGUUUGCAAAAUGGAGGUCCGGUAUGGGAGCUUGCUAUAUUUGUAUUAUAACAAAAGAUAAGGAUUUCUGUGGCUGAUAUCUUCUUCAUUUUGAUAUGGAAAUGAAAAAGGACGUGGCUCUUGUGAGGACACUUGUUUACUGAGCCCUGAUGUAAAGACUUUUGGUUGAUUUCACACAGGGUAGUUCAAAACUCAGACUAGGAAACAAUAGGUUUGUAUAUUUUGCACUGUUGUUUGUUGAAAAUGAAUUUUUUCUUGUAAGAGAAAAUUUAAGCUGGCUUUUUAUCUGUAAAUACUUCGGAAAUAUUUUGGUGUUCUUUUAAUGUGUAUAUUUUGCUGAUAUACCAGUUAUUUAUUUUGGAUUGUAUGUUAUAUUUUGUGUCUUUUUUCUACUUUAUACAUUAAUCUUGUCAUUUUCUUAUCCAUGCAAGAACUGGUGGGGAUUUCUCAACUCUCAGGAAGUCAGGUCCCUGACAAUUAAAACCUUGCACCACAUAGGCUAGAGUUAAUGUUAAAGUUAGGGCUUAUUGGCCGAUGUCAACAACAAUGGAGUCUCACUUCGACAAGUAUGGUUCAAACCAGGAACGAUCCUUGAACAUGACAGCUCCUCAUGGUUUUCCCUUGGAAUUACAACUCUUAUGAUCUGCAUGGUUUCCCAGUGAUGAAUCCUCAUCAAUUCUUGCAAGAAAUAGACUUGCUGAAAUCUUGUUAAACAUUAUAUUUUUUACACCAGGGUAAUCUGCCUGAGAGAAUGCUGUUCAUUGCGAGAUCAUGGUCUGCAAAUGCAAUUGAAAGACUGCUGUAUUGAAGAAAAAACCCACCUGGUUUUCUUUAAAUUCCUGUUCAAUCUUCUUCAAUUAUGUAGAGAAUACUACAAGUAUGUUUGGAAUCCCUGUUUUAUAAUCUGCAUGAAAACUAAUAACUGCUGAUUGUAUCUAACAGAGCGACACAGGUCACUGUUAUAAUCCUUGAAAUGCAUCAGAUUAGAUGAGUUUCGUACAUUUAUAUAUGGCAAGUUUAAAAGGACUGGACAUUUCUGUGAAGACAUUAUAGGAAAUCUCAGUUGCUAAUGUUCAAAACCAUACAGUUGAAUCAACUAGAGUCAUCCCUUGUAUUUGGAAUAUACACCUCCCUACUGAUUGAACCUGCUGUUACCAACUGCUUCUUAUUUUCAUUGUCUACAUCUUCAUUGUUUUAUGCUGUACUUGUUUUUUGAGACGUCCUUUAAAGAAAGACUGUUGCUGACCAGACCAGGUCGGUUGGAUCUUUUUCCACUCUUAAGUAUCAACCAAAGUACAUGUGCCAUCGAAUAGCAAAAUACCAGAACUAGUCAUCAGUUGAAAAGAAGUCAAUAACUAAGCAGUACUAUAGUCUUCUUUGCUGCUCUUAGAUGCUGCUGAUGGGUUGAUACGCAGCAAUGAUCCUUUUUGGCCUGCCUUGUUGGGUCUUUCUGUCCUCAGUUGUUUUUCGUUUGUGCUGUCUUCUGCACAAAUCAAAGUAUUGUAGAAAUUGCCAAAAUGUAGUGAAUAAAGUAUUUUUCAGGAUA